GUAAGCAUAACGGCGUUAUCUCACUCCGAUCAACAACAUUAAGAAAGCCCAAAAAUCAAAUCAAAGGAAAAUAAAAUAAAGGUCUCCUCCUUUUAUAGAUCACUCCGUUCUUCACUGGAAAAACAUAAUCAAACUGCUACAAAAUAAUUCUCCACCAUGAGCUCUCCGGGAAGUGGAAUGUUAGGUGGAUUUACAAAGUUAUGUAAGGGAUUGGCUGUGAUAUUAAUCGGUGGCCACGUUGUGGUUCAGCUUCUUCCUACUGCUGUUACUUACCUUGCUCUUAUUCCCGCCAGGACUAUUCCUUUUGGUUGGAACCUUAUAACUGCUGGUUACAUUGAACAAUCAGUGCAUGGGGUGGUUGUUAGCACCCUUGGUCUUCUUUUCAUGGGGAAGUUGCUUGAGCCUAUAUGGGGUUCUAAGGAGUUCUUGAAGUUCAUCUUCAUAGUUAACUUUCUGACGUCUGUUUGUGUUUUCAUUACCGCUAUUGCUUUAUACUACCUAACAAUGCAGGAAAAGUACCUUUACAUGCCUCUUUCUGGCUUCCAUGGGGUGCUGGCAGGCUUCUUGGUUGGCAUCAAGCAAAUAGUACCUGACCAAGAGCUAUAUCUCCUAAAAAUCAAAGUAAAGUGGUUGCCAUCACUUAUGCUAUUGCUUUCAAUUGCCAUAAGUUUCUUCACCCCAGAGUCCGCAACAUAUCUUCCAACUUUGAUAUUUGGGACAUAUAUUGGCUGGAUUUACCUCAGGUACCUGCAGAGAAAACCAGAAUCAAAGCUUAGGGGAGAUCCAAGUGAAGAUUUUGCAUUCUCCACAUUCUUCCCUGAAUUUCUCAGGCCAAUCAUUGAUCCCAUUGCAUCAAUAUUUCACCGGAUGCUUUGUGGGAAAUCUGAAGUUUCAUCAAAUCCUCAGGGUUAUACAUUGGGAGGUGCACCAUUACUUGGUUCUGACCCCAUUGAGGCAUCUAGGAGACGAGAAAGAGGGGCUAGAGCGCUGGAGGAGAGAUUGGCAGCUGAGAAAUUGGCUGCCGGACGUGAUUCAGAAGAGCCACACAUAGAGGGAAAUGAUCAUGUUUGAUUGCUAAGAAAGUCAAUCGUCAUUGACACCCAUCAAGGCUUAUGCACAAUCAUCCAUAUGUGCUGUUGCCGCAUAUAUAUGAUUAGAAAUGAAAAGAUUCCAGAGCAUGUUGUUACCCUUACAGUAUAACAUAGGCGAAAUUCAUUCUUUUUUUUCUUUUUUUUCUUUUUUUCACUUUCUUUUGUUCCUAUUUGUUGAUUGCUUGUACAACUGCACUUUGUCCUCAUUGUGAACCUUCUUUUUCAAUGUAGAAUUUCUCUUUUUUUCUUCUUA